AUGGCUGCCGCAAGCGAAAACAUCACGGCCUGGCUUGACUGGGAUGACCACCUUCUGGAUUUUUUGUUGAUCGGAUGGAUAGGAUGGGCAGCCCUAGUUGUUAUGGUGGUCAAUUCUGUACUGACCUUUUUCGGUCCCCUCCAGCCUCGUGGAGACUUUGUUAUACGGACCAAGGAGGGGGCGACUGGGGCGAAAGUAGUAAGUGGAACCGGAGGUGCGGAAUCGUGUCAGUGGUUGAACUCGGCACUCAACUGGUUCUAUCUUCAUUACGAGAAAUUUCCGGAAUUUGUUGAUGUGUGGGUAAAGGCACUCAACGAGCAGAGUGUGAAGUUAGGGGGACCUGUGCAAGUAAAGUUUGAGCGUGUCAAGUCCGGCAGCCUGCCCCCGAAGUUCAGCGAGGUCACUUUUGAAGCUGGUCCCGAGGACAAAUAUGUGGUCACAUGUAAGACCGACUCACGUGAUCUGUCGCUGGCAGUGUUUGCCUCGCAGCAGACGGCGGAGGGUGUUAAACUGACCAAUCUUACUACAAACAUUCUCAAGCUUAAGGGAACAUUGAAAAUGAAAUGCUUUCGGGAAGGAAGUGACAUGAUGGUCAACGUCAGUUUUGAAGGUCGCCCUGAUGUCAAGGUUGUUGGCAAGCCGGUCAAUCCUUAUCAGGACCCCAACGACUUGGUAGAUGUUGGAGUAGUAGAAACAGUUGUAAGAAAUGCCAUCUGCUUGACCUCCUCCAACUUCAACAUCUCCAAGCUGCUGUUGGGAGGGUCGUAUGGGAAUUUGAGCCCCCGGGUCACGGGAGACAUCCCCCUCUCCCCCAGUAACCUGUCUCCCAGGACUGAGGCUGUUUUCGAGCCAAUCGAAGUGAAGGAUGUGCAACAGAGUGCUUUUCAUGCGCCCAGCCUUGCAUCAGCCCCGAGGUCCACUCGUCCUCCUCCAGCCGAGAAACGACUUCUGGUCAAGGUUAUCAAGGCCAGUGCACUAGGCAGUCGAGAUGUUGGCUCCAUUGACCCUACCUGUGUCGUUAUCCUGGACAACCCACCUCAAACCCAGGCCACCAGUGUUGUGAAAAGCACUGUGAACCCUUUCUGGGAUGAACAAUUUCUCUUUGAUGUGACCAGCAACACAAAAGAAAUGAAGUUUGAGGUCAGGGACAGGCGCCAGGGACCAGCCGGGGAAAAAUUCCUGGGUGAGGCAUAUGUUUACUUUGACGAUCUCAAGAAGACACCCAGCAGUCGACAGAUCCUCCCUCUCCAGGGUAGUCCUGAUAUCAGGGGCGACUUUGUCACCGGCACCCUCACAGUCGAGUUUCUUUUUUUAAAUCCAGUAGAUGCAGAAGCUGUCCAACAAACAAUUGCAGCAAUGUCACCAAAACGAACUGUUGAGGUAAACCAAGCUAAAACACCAGGGGGCACACUCGUUACCAAGACAACCACAACAACAGAACGAUCACGUCAUGGCCGACAGGGAGCUGAAGUAGAUGGAUCACCCAAUUACAUUGAGAAGCAUACCAACAUAUACGGUUACGAUGGCUCAGACUCUCAUUCUCUCAACACAAGCACGAACCAACAGGACCGAUCAGUCUCAUCAUCAUCUGAGCAUUUGUACAUUAACGGGGUUGAGUCUGUAGCGGAAACGGCCAUUAGAGAGCUGAUGGAUCGAUCGCGUAAACCACGCACCCCCACCAAAACCAGUACCCUCAUAAUCACGGGGGUUAAAAGGGCUUCUGCCGAGCCAUCGGAAGAGGUAACAGCACCAUCAAGUGUGGUCACUGCCCCACAGGACGAACCGUCCCCAGUACAAGAAACUACAGUCUCUUCUGAACCUGUGGUAGAACUAUUACAGCAAAGCUCAAAUCUUCCUUCUCAUGCUGUCCUGUCUUCAUCACCUCCUAUAUCUGAAUGCUCUUCUAAACCAGAAACUUUGCUCGAAUCCUCUUUCCCCAAAUUCACUCCUAUUGGAAUGCAUCCUCCUGCAGAGGUGAAAACCUUCCCUGAUAAAAAAAAAUCUCCAAGUCCUAUUAUAGAGUCUGAACAUAAAAUUGCAGAAAUGUUACCAGAACCUAUUCCAACGAUUGACUUACUGGACGAAAAUGUCGUCUUUGAAGUUUCGUAUUCUCUUGGAGAAGCUGAUGUUGAACCAACAGAAUCUGAGCUGGAUUCUAGUCAUCCUAUCCUUUCUGACACAGAAGUUAAAUCUGGCCUUGAUGAUUCAGCUGAAAUUCCCGUGGCAUAUUCCUCAGACAUUGAUGAAGGGAAAGCAUUUGAGGCUCCCUCUGUCCUCAUUCCUGACAAAGAUAUUGUGGAGGAGGUAGCCACUAAAGAGGCUCCCCCUGUCCUCAUUCCUGACAAAGAUAUUGUGGAGAAGGUAGCUGUCGAUGAGGCUCCCCCUGUCCUCGUUCCUGACAAAGAAAUUGGACAGGAGGUAGCCACUGAAGAAGCUCCCCCUGUCCUCACUCCUGACAAAGAUAUUGUGGAGGAAGUUGCCACUGAAGAAGCUCCCCCUGUCCUCACUCCUGACAAAGAUAUUGUGGAGGAAGUUGCCACUGAAGAAGCUCCCCCUGUCCUCACUCCUGACAAAGAUAUUGUGGAGAAGGUAGCUGUCGAUGAGGCUCCCCCUGUCCUCAUUCCUGACAAAGAAAUUGGACAGGAGGUAGCCACUGAAGAAGCUCCCCCUGUCCUCACUCCUGACAAAGAUAUUGUUGAGGAGGUAGCCACUAAAGAGGUUCCCCCUGUCCUCAUUCCUGACAAAGAUAUUGUGGAGGAGGUAGCCACUAAAGAGGCUCCCCCUGUCCUCAUUCCUGACAAAGAUAUUGUGGAGGAGGUAGCCACUGAAGAAGCUCCUCCUGUCCUCACUCCUGACAAAGAUAUUAUGGAGAAGGUAGCCGUCGAUGAGGCUCCCUCUGUCCUCAUUCCUGACAAAGAUAUUGGACAGGAGGUAGCCACUGAAGAUGCUCCCCCUGUCCUCACUCCUGUCAAAGAAAUUGAACAGAAUGUAGAUGUCGACGAGGCUCCCUCUGUCCUCAUUCCUGACAAAGAUAUUGUGGAGGAGGUAGCUGUCUAUGAGGCUCCCUCUGUCCUCACUCCUGACAAAGAUAUUGUGGAGGAGGUAGCCACUGAAGAGGCUCCCCCUGUCCUCAUUCCUGACAAAGAUAUUGGGGAGGAGGUAGCCACUGAAGAGGCUCCCCCUGUCCUCAUUCCUGACAAAGAUAUUGUGGAGGAGGUAGCUGUCGAUCAGGCUCCCUCUGUCCUCAUUCCUGAUAAAGAUAUUGGGGAGAAGGUAGACACUGAAGAGGCUCCCCGUGUCCUCAUUCCUGACAAAGAUAUUGGACAGGAUUUAGCCACUGAAGAUGCUCCCCCUGUCCUCACUCCUGACGAAGAUAUUGUGGAGGAGGUAGCCGCUAAAGAGAUUUCCUCUGUCCUCAUUCCUGACAAAGAUAUUGGGGAGGAGGUAGCCACUGGAGAUGCUCCCCCUGUCCUCAUUCCUGACAAAGGUAGUGAAGAGGGGAAGAAAUUUGAGGUUAUUGACACAAUCGUUGAAGACAGUAUUAAACCAGUGUCUGCUUUGGAUGCUGGAACUGAAAUCGAAUCUACCCAAGACAUUAAAUCUGACACUUUUCCUGAAUCUGACUCUGAUCCUCAACAAGUCAAAGUAACAGAAGAAAUGCUAUCUCCCAUAGAAACAGAACAACAAGAAACGUGUCAAGAAGUUGCUCCUGAUUCUACAUGUGUUGAGAUAGUAACUCAUUCACGGUCGCCUUCCCCUUACGGGGAUGACAGUUCCUGCUCAUCAUUUCAUGAUGAUGAGUACAUCUCUCAUUCAUCAACUGAAGACUUAACUGAAGGCGAAUCUGCACAUUAUUUCAAAUCUAAGCAGGUUGAUGAUGAGACUUCGGAACCUCUAGAGUUCUCUACUGACUUAACGCCUGAGACAUGUGAAACUAGCGUGACGAUGGAACAAACAGAAGAAGAUUCAGAGGCAGCACAGUAUGCUGCAGUUGAAUCAAAGGUGUUCAAGCCAGAGGGUCAGGAAGAGGUCAAACUCACACCCAAGCAAUCAGAAGGACCAGUUGAAGCUGAUCCAUCUGAAAUAAUGGAGACUGACCUGGUAAAAGAACCUGAGUUGGUAAAAGAAACUGAGGCUGCAUCUGAACAAGUAAAAGAAAUUGAUACUGAACAGGUUAAAGAAUGUGAAUCUGAAACUAUAGAACAUGAGCCAGUCACAACUAAGGUCAUCACACCUGAACCAUCAGGUGACCUUGAACUGGUAAAAGAACCUGAGUUGGUAAAAGAAACUGAGGCUGCACCUGAACAAGUACAAGAAAUUGAUACUGAACAGGUUAAAGAAUGUGAAUCUGAAACUAUAGAACAUGAGCCAGUCACAACUAAGGUCAUCACACCUGAACCAUCAGGUGACCUUGAACUGGUAAAAGAACCUGAGUUGGUAAAAGAAACUGAGGCUGCAUCUGAACAAGUAAAAGAAAUUGAUACUGAACAGGUUAAAGAAUGUGAAUCUGAAAAUAUAGAACAUGAGCCAGUCACAACUAAGGUCAUCACACCUGAACCAUCAGGUGACCUUGAACUGGUAAAAGAACCUGAGUUGGAAAAAGAAACUGAGGCUGCAUCUGAACAAGUAAAAGAAAUUGAUACUGAACAGGUUAAAGAAUGUGAAUCUGAAACUAUAGAACAUGAGCCAGUCACAACUAAGGUCAUCACACCUGAACCAUCAGGUGACCUUGAACUGGUAAAAGAACCUGAGUUGGUAAAAGAAACUGAGGCUGCACCUGAACAAGUAAAAGAAAUUGAUACUGAACAGGUUAAAGAAUGUGAAUCUGAAACUGUACAACAUGAGCCAGUCACAGCUAAGGUCGUCACACCUGAACCAUCAGGUGACCUUGAACUGUCCUCGGAGCCAGAAUUGUUAUCUGCUGACGCUGAAGCACAGCAUUCAGCUGUUACAUCCGAGAUACUUCCUGAAUCAGUGAUCCAUACGAAAUCUGCUCAAAAAGAGCAAACCGAACCUGAACUUAUUGCGCAAACACAAUGUGCUAGUUCAGAGGACUUUGUUAUUACAAAAGUUGAACAGUCAAAAGAAUUAGUAGUGGAGGAGGUUACCACACCCUGCCCUUUGUUACCAACAGAGAGAGUAUUAGCCGCUGAAAAGAUACCCUCAUCAGAGGCAGUGUUAUCUGAAACUAUGCCGAUGGAAACAAUACUGUCUGCCGAUGAUACCACGCAAAGUGAUUCAACAGAUCAAUAUGAGUCCGAAACAGUAAAGCCAGAUGGUGAUACCAUACUAACGGAGGUUGAACCAUCUGAACAAGUUACAGCAGAAGAAACAACUACACCAUGUUCUUCUUUACCGACUGAAAGAUUACUGGCACCUCAAACUGUCCCUGCACAGGAAACAGUUCUAUCUGAGACGCUGCCAAAGGAAACAAAGUUACCAGCAGACGAUCUUGUUAUAAAAACCACAACUGAGAGUGAACUUGUUUUAAGUGAAGUAAAACCAUCUGAAGAAAUAGCUGUUGAAGAGUCGGUUUCUUCCUGUCCUUCAAUGCCAGAUCAGAGAUUACUGGCAGCACAGAAAGUCUCUAAGACAGAGACAGUGUUGUCGGAGACAAUGCCUGAAGAGGCUUCAUUGUCUGUUGAGGGUUCCACUGUCUCUACAUUGGUAUCUGGAGAAACUGAUGGUGCAAGUUCUAUGCCUGUUGUAGAGGUUGAAGAACCAGCAGCUGUAUACACAUCUCUAGAACAGGCAACAUCUUUUGAGGCAUCAGAAGAAUCUGCGGAUUUUAAAGUAAUGACUCAAGGAGAAAUUUCAACAGAAGAUAAAGUUUUACUCACUGACGAAGUCGAGGAUAAUCUUUCAGAAUAUGAUGAUCUACCAGGAAAUAUUCCAACAGAUUAUCUUAUAGAGGAGACGACAGAAGACCUGGAAGAAGAAACUGAACAGUUAGCUAAAUUUCCUAUAGAGGAACUAGCAGAUUUGGACAUUGAACCAGUGGUAACAGAACCUAAAGAGGGAAAAGCAGUUGAAGCUACAACAGCAGCAGAACCAGUGGACCAAUCUGAAGCAGGAUUGGUGGAGGAAGCACAUGGUAAGACAGAACUUCCCACCAGUGAUGGCCAAUUGGAGUCAGAAGACAUGAAGACAGUUAAAACAUCUGAUGAAUUGGCGACUAAUAAGUCACUUCAGUUGGAUCUGGUGUCAACUCCUCUGUUGCAAGAGAUGGAGCAGAUUGCAUCUGACAUGUCCUCCCUUGCAGAGGACAUUUCAAAAAGUCCUGUUCUUGCGUCAGCAGAGAUUCCUAUGGAAAUGAAAGAUUCAACAACAGAUGCUGUUGAUCAGUCUACAACAGAGAAGGACUUCGCAGAUGAGGCACCUUCGACUGUUACUUGUCAUGCAACUGAUGUUUCGAUGGCAAGUGGCAGUUCACAGGAGAUGUCAGUAGAGGAUAUAGAAGGUAGUCCUGUGGAGUCUUUGACUCCUACACCUGAGAAUGAAGAUGGUCUCGAGUUGGAAACACCUACAGUCACAUUGGAAGUUUCUGCUGAAGAAACUGCUUUACAGCUUGUUGAUCCCCAGGUUAAAGAAGAAACUGCCCUGGAAUUCUCUUUAGCCACCAGGGAGAAACUGGCUUCUAUCUCAUCAGUUUCUGAUAUCAUUCAAGACCUUCCUGCUCAUUCUGCAGAAACUGAAGAGGAACCAGUGUUAGGAGCAUCUGCUGUUUCUGUUGAUGUGGUUGGUAUGUCUGAUCCCAUAUCAGAAGAAAUGUCGGCUGUAGAUGAUCUGAUGAAAGAAGUAUCUGGAUAUUCUCCAUCAGAGAUUGAAGGGCAAGAAGUUAUUAUGACUGGGCAAUUUGUUAGUGAGCCUGUCGAUGUGUCUGAACUUGCAGCUGGAGCUUUCACAGUGGAAGACACAAGUUCUCAACCUGCAGAGGGUCUCAAAUUAAAUGUGUUUGUGACCACAGAUCUGGAAUCUUCCACACCUUCUUCUCCACUUACAAAAUAUGAUGUUGUUGAAGACUUGUCAGCUACUAUAGAUGAACCAUUGACUGAUGAGAAAUCAAUCAAGAUGGAUGAAGAAGACACAUCAGAGAAAUCUGCAGAGCCUGAUGUAGUCACACAUGAAGAGAUAACAGCUGUUGGGAGUUUUGAUCUAUCAGCAAAUCUGACUCUGGAAGAAACACAACCUGAUACUUCAAUAACAACUGAAACACAGCCGGAAGCGGAGGUAACCUUGACUCUCCCUGCUGCAGAUUCAGCAACAUCAACAGAAGUGUCCAUCCCCGCACCAGAUGAAACCCCAGAUGUUGACUCUCCUGUAACACGCGCAAUGCUUCGGAGACAAAAUUAUUUGGCAGAGCAGGCUAAAAAAAAAGAACUUUUCGAGGCUUCUGGGCAUAUUAAGAAUAAUGAACCAGUCCAUUCGCAUGAAGCCCCUUUAGCAAUUUUACCUAUUGAUAGUGAAGAAAUUCAGGAUGAGAGUUUACCAACAGGAUCAAAAUCAAAGGAAGUGAAGGUGGCUGCUGCUGUAACACAUGUAGGUAUCAAACCAAGCGAGCAAACUUUUGACAAUAAGCCGAAAACAAUUGUUGUUCAGGUUGAAAGUACAGAGAUUACUGGUCCUCCAAAAGAAAUGGUGUCUGAUCUAAUGUCAGGUCAGAAAAGAGCAAACUCCCCAGAAAGGUAUGGUUCUCUAACACGUCCCUUGAGAGUAUACAAGCAAGUCAGCAGUGACAUAGAGGAUGAUAAUACCAAGGCAAAUCAGAAAAGGGUGGAUGACUGGGUGACAGCGACUACAGAUGAUAUGAUGGUCACGAAUCCAGAGUCGUUGACCGUCCAAACACCAGCUUCUCUCCCAGAGAGUUCCCCAAGCAUUCAACCAACUGAUGAGUCUGUGCAUUCACCAGCGACCGAUAGCGUUCAAAUUACCCAGCAACCUUUGCCAGAAAAUGUCCAAAGUGUUUACAAACCAGGUUUCGUCAUUCGUUCACAACAAACUAACCCUCUACCCCAAACAGAAAAUGUACAGGUCCAGCGUGCUGGUUUUGUCCUACGUCCACAAACUGUAGAAAAUCUUCCCCAAAACCCACAUCCUUUGCCUGAAAGUGCUGGAAAUCCAUACCAACCUGAAUCCGCAGAAAACCCAAAAUCUAAUGUUGAGGAUAUCCAGCUUCCCCCAGAAACCCUUCCAGAUACUGAUGAUGUCCCCGUGCCCGGUCGUGUGUAUCGUCCCAAAACUGAUUACAACACUCUCCCACGUCCCUCAAAAUCCUCCAAAGAUGUGAGUACUCCAAAACGGGCUGGCUCUCUGCCUCGGAGCUCCUCAUCUGCUGAAAAGCAGCGUAAGACAACACAGAGCUCUCCAACAGAGGAGGCAAAUAGUGACAUCCCUACUGUCAAGAUGGACCCUCCUCCAUCUGGCCAGGAUGAAAAAGAGAAAAAGAAAGGCUCCUCCUUAGCCCGUACAAUUAAGAAGAGAUUUUCUCGUUCUAAAAAGCGAUCUAAAAGUGCGGAGCGUAGCCGUGACGACUCGCACCUCCAGCCACCAGGCCAGUCCUAUGGGCAGGCUCAGUCUAAAGAUGAUAUAGAACUAGUGCGAGCCCAGCAAGACACGCCAAGCCUGAAGAAGUCUCGAUCCUUGGGAGGAAGUUUAAAGAAGCUGUUCAGGAGAGGAAGGAAGAGGUCUAGGGAUCGUGGUGAAACAUCCCGAGAAAGCUCUUACUCAAGAUCAUCAACUCGAAAUGCUUCCCAAGGUCCAUCUAGGGAGGGAUCGAUCGGCCGUGGGAGUGGUCAGAGUUCCUCCUUGACCAGGAGUGGUCAGCUUCCUGAACAGAAGGAGAUUGGGCGAAGUCACUGGAGCAAGUCUACGCCACAGUCUACCUCGAAUGAGUAUAUGGAAAGAGGGAUAGAUGUAUCACCACGUCAUGAACCAGGAGAGACAAGUUAUCCUGUACUUCAACAGGAACCUGCAGUCCUACAACCACGGGGCAUGUCGUCACAGGAUCAAGACAUCAGCAAAGGGCACUGGAGUAGACCAAAAUCUGGAGAACAAUUAGACGAAGUCAGACAGAGCUAUGACACAUACAGUGCUCCUCCCGAAGAUGUACGCAAGGGUCACUGGAGCAAGUCAAAGUCGCCACCACGAGCUGGUGCUGUUAUAAUCACAACCCCGAAAAAGGAACCGUUAGAUGUUGUGAGUCCAAGCUAUGAUACCAUGGCGGCACCACCAACCUCAGAUGACAGACUUGAGGUUCGGCGAGGUCACUGGAGUAAGAGUAGAUCUCCAGCUCGAUCUGUAGGGCCGGUGAUUAUAACAACACCUAAACAAGAAGUCCCAGAUGUAGUCCCCAGUUCCACUACAAAAGCUGUGACACCAGAACCUGAAGAGAAGAAAGAAGUCAGUAAGAAACCAGAACCUAAAGAGGUCAAAGAGGUUAUUGUAAAAACAAAGUCUUUAGAGAAAAUAGAACCUAUUCAGCCUACUGAAGACAGUGUGCCUGAACCUGCAGAAGAAGUUCGUAAAGCACACUGGAGUAAGUCCAAGUCGCCAGUUCGAUCAGGGCCAGUCAUCGUAAAAAAGAAAGAGUCAGUGGAGACGGAGGAAAGUGAAAAACCUGAACCUGAAGUGGGUAGUGUACAGGUCGAUGUACGUAGGGGACACUGGAGCAAAUCUAAAUCACCUAGUCGCGAACGUGAACGUAUUGGACAGAUUGUAGUAUCCAAAGAACCUACGGUUGCUGCACCAACUGCAGAGGUUGAUAUACGCAAGGGUCAUUGGACAAAAAGCAAAUCCAAGUCUCCAAAGCGAGAUUCACAUCCCACUGGUGGUGUAGUGGUAUCCGUACCCGAUAGCCAAACACCCAGUCCCGCACAGGUUGAACCUGCCUCUGAAGUCAAACCAUCUCCAACUACGACAGAAUCGUCUGAUGUUAAAGCCAAACCAAAGCCAACGAAAGCCGAACCUGUCAAAUCGAAAACAGUUAAAGUUGUUCCAGUCAAAGCCAAACCUGCCAAAGUUGAACCGGCAGUUGUAGAACCAGUUAAAACAGUUCCUGAAGAGCCAUUCGUCCCUCCACCACCAAGUGCGAAAAAGGGACACUGGAGUAAGUCGUCAAUGGACACAAAACAGCCCACAGGCGGAGGGGUUGUCGUGGUCACAACAGAAGCUGCUGAGGUUCCCGUUACUCCUGUUGAGACAGUGGAUGUCCGCCGGGGUCAUUGGACAAAGCCCAAGACAAAGGCGUCAUGAUUAUAGUCAUAGAAUUUGAGACAAAAAAUAAUAUAUAUCUGUUGGAUAAAUGAUAGAAAAUGUGCAAUGGGAUCCCAGAAUUAUGAGAAAGAAUAACAUGUGUUUGGAGUGGCAGUGCAUAAGCUUGACUCGGACAACUUUCUGAUUACAGAAUACCAUGGUGUUACCAGACUGAAGGGACAGCGAGUGUUGUAAGGAAGCACUAUAUCUCUCCAUGUCUAAAAUAUCUGGUUUUAUUAUUAAUGCAAGUUUGUUAUAACAAAAUCGAUGUCUCACUUUUUUUCUAAUAUCGAUAUUCCCUUUUUAGGUAUCAGCUUAACGUAAAUGACAAAUAUUAUAUAUACGUCAGAACUGUUUGCUCAAAUGGUAACAACUCGUACGUUCAGCCAUUCACUAACUAUAAGAAUGUUCUUUCCGUUACGUAUUUCGCCUUUCGUAUCUUGAGAAAUACUUGCCACCUACCUAAUCCACACUGACGGCAAUAGCUUUCUGUGCUGUGAUGCUAACCAUAUAAAUAUGUCUAUCAUUAUUUGACUAUUUACGCAAAUUCCUCCACUGGAAACCAUCCUGUCAGACAAUCAGUUAAUUGCAUGGAUAAUGUAGCAUUAUGUGAACACUUUUAUUACAAACACAAGUCCCAUUGCAGUUUCCCAAACUCAUCCCGUCCAUCCAUUACCUUUAUUAUUUAAGACUGGUUUUAAAAUAAAUAUUGAUAUAUGACAUUGAGAAAUAUGAUGAGAUAAUAUAAGUUGAUUUUAGUCGUUACAUAUAAAAAAUUAUUAUUCUUUUGUUAUUUGAAAUAGCUGCAGUUUAUUUAUAAGUCUGAUUACAGCCAAUCACAUAGAAAUCCAUUUUACUUCACGAUAUACAAUGUUUGAUAAUUUUGAAAUAUGCAUUGUAUUAUAAAUAUAACACAUCCUAUCGUUAUUUGUUGUUGAAGAUCCAUUCUGUUAUUAUACAAUGAGAUGAAUUGUAUUAUCUGGGUAAUGUUUAAAAGAUGUCGUAUGAUUAUGCAACAUCAUCCUAGGAAUGUUGCAUAUCUACACUUUAAACAUCGUAAGAGAUUUCUCUUUGUUAAAUACUCAUUAUUAAAUAUAUUCCUUUUUAGUCCCUGUUUGUUAUUUCUGUUGAAACAGAAAUAAUUAAUCAUAUCGUUUCGUUUAUAUUUUGUUAACAUAUCCUUACAUUAUAUUACCACAUCCUAGCUUACUUCCUAGUCUCGUUUGUUCAUCCAAUAGAUGUCUGUUGAUUGGUUGGAUCCUCUCAGGCCUUAAGUUUGAUAAUUUGUGUACAUGUGUGUGAUUUUUCAGUAAUGGUAAGUUUGAAAGUAAUUAUGUUGUUAAUGCUUUGUAUUCAUAGAAACAAUAGUGGUUUUAAUGUCUAUUUAUUCUAUAUACAAAUAUGCUGUAAAAUCGUAUAUUUUCGUUGGGCUCAAAUUUCGUGAUUUUUGCUAAAACGUGCAUUUCCGCUGGCACUUGAUUUCGUGGAUAAAUCUUGCUCACAAAAUCCACCAGAACUAAAAUCCGUGUGAAUUUUUAUCAGUUUAUCUCUUAAGGACAUAUAAAUUUGUAGAUUAAGAGUAACCGCGAAUUCAACGAAAAUAAAAUAAUCACGAACAUUACUGAUUUCGCAGUAUAUGAAAAAAGUGAAAAAAUACUUUGUAUAUAAGAGAGAAAUGUAUUUAGAAGAUAGUGGCAUGCUUUUAUUGCAGUUCAAGAAGUUGAUUAAAACUAGUUAGAAGAAGUGAAAGCUUUGUAAUUAUAGGAAAGAAUAUUCAUACUAUAGUUAGAACGGGUGAAUUAGUUAUCUUGACGUAAGCAUAGUGAAACAAUUCCGGAAAAUGUAAGUUAUUGAAAGACAUUGAGGAAAGAUGGAAGAUGAAUUUUCAAGGCCGUCAUGACCUGAAGGGGAGAGCUUGAUAUGAUCUUUAAUAAAAAUGUAUAUUUGAAAACAUGAAUAUUUGUGCUGAGGAAAUUUAAGGAAUAGUAUAAACAUUUUUUCACGUCUACUAAAGUUUAGAUAAAUUUCAGUUACCCGCGUGAUUAUAUCAAUAUGUCAACAUGCAUUUUCAUUCGAGUCAUAUUACAUUAUUUUAUUAGAACGAUCAACACAAUCAAAUUCAUUUAAACAUUUUUUUUCAUAAUUAAAUCUUAGAGUUGAAAAUCUAGUGCCAUAUAUUCAUCUGUUUAUAUCAAGAAUUUCUUUUGAGUUUUACUCGUUGAUGUAAUUUGGAUACAUGCAAGGAAGUUUAACUUCUUGUUUUUGUCGCAAAAACACCGAACCAUCUUACAUGUCUCUGAUUUUAAAUCGCGUACAUCAUUUUAAAAAAACAAGUCUGUAUUUCUCUUUACUUGGAUCAGAAUCCACUCAAAAGUUGAAUUAAACGUCAGUUAUUAAGUCGUAAUGAUAUAUUUGAUAAACCAAGUCUUUUGGACCCUGUCUCAUCUCCUUAUACCGUGUGACAGUUGCAACCUCAUUCAACAGCUCCCUCAUAAGGUCUUGGAUUCACAAAGUGAUCUGUCUUCCACCAUGAUUUUCGCCCAUACUUCAGGAUUGUGCAAUAUUUUCGCCAGCAUAAUUUAUGUUAGAUUCGUAGAGAUUUGUAAAAUCUAUAUAAAAGGUAAUAGGUUUUGUUAUUUAGUUACGUACUUUUAUUAUCGUUUCAGAGAUCUAUAUGCCAUUGAGAAGAUAUUUUUGGUAAAGAGAAAAAAAAGUGAAAAAUCCCCAAAUCUGUCUUUCAUAAAUGUGAAAUUUUUUACAGUCUUAUACCGUUCUUCCGAUUUUGAUUAAAUCGUAAAAUUAACGAUAACUCGAUUUUUUUAAUCUAGUCUGUUCCUUUUUAAAUUUUCAUCAAUAUUAAAGAUUAAUUUGAAAAGAAAACAUGUGCAAAACAAAUGCAAAGCCAUUAGUUAGGGAAAAGCAUUAACAUAUCGUUGAUUAUUGACGUAAAGUCGUUACUUAGUAGUGAUGAGUUUAGUACAUUGAUAAUUAAGUAAAAGAGUAAAUGAUUGUUUAUAUGUGACAUUGGAUGGUGUAACAAUGUGCCCAAUAUAUACAGUUCAAACAACGAACAAGGGAGAUAAAUCAGAUAGAUAUUUUAUACUAAAUGUAUGCGUGCAGUUGUAAAAUUAAAAUAAAAUUUCUGUUUAAUUCUUUGUAAUAUUUGUAUAAUUUUCAAAUUACUUUGGAUUCUCCAAAUUGUUUAAAUGACGCAAUUAAUAACAAGCUUGUUGUUUAAAUAGUAAACUUAUCUUUUAAUGAUAUUAAUCAUAUGUUUUUCAAUCUAAAGUUUAAUUUUAGCAGUAGAUGGUAUGGACACAACCAGACGUCUGUCAACACGCACUCACCGGAAGAAACUGAUUAAAUCAAUUAAUGUAUAUCUAUAUAUCUAUCAGUAUGUUAAUUUCAUUUAAAAAUAUAGAUUAUGUAAUUAUUCGAUAUUUAUGUACAAUAGAAGAUCUGUAUCUAUUUGAGAAUUUUUUAUUGACAUUUACAUAUACAUAUCUGAGCAGGAAUCUUAUUUUAGCACUAUUUUGCUCUGAUGCUAUCUCGCUGAAAUAUGAUUGCGCUAAUUAAGUUCUGGAUAUUGUCUAUAUAGCCGUUCUUGUCGAUGGACAAAUUCGAUGAACAAAUUCGUUAUCGCGCUAAUUCGCCAAAGAGUUAUAAUGCGCUAAAAUUUGAUUACGCCAGUAAAAGAAAGGGACACAUAUCUGAAUGUUUCCUCCUGGUGGGGUUGUUUUUGGUGAUAAUGUGUGAUAUCACAUCUGCUGUUAUGGUAAGAUUCUCUCAAAUAAUUAUAUUUUCUCACUUUUAUACUUCCAUGUGUCAAUGAUCUAAACAAUCCACUUGCUGAUUUUUUUUUAUUCGAGCUUGAAUUUAGAAUAUUUUAUUUCUGAAAGUUGGUUGGUAGUACUUCAUAUUGUUUUUCUUCCCAGCUUCUGUAAGGGUGAAACACUUAAAAAAAGUGAUUGCUAUCAUAUCAACAUCUAUAUGUCUUUUAUUAAUCCAAAAUGACGAUUUUUACGUCUGUAAAAGAUGUUUUGUUAACCUCUUUGGGAAGUUUUUGAUGUGAUAUAACUUUUUUUUAAAAUUUUUGUUUAGGAAUAGAAAAUUUAGACAUUUUGUAUGCAAAAUUAAUUUUUAAAGGUGGUUAAAAACUUUAAAGAAAACGCUUUCAUUAUCAAAAUGCUUUUCGUUUGCAAUCGUGUUAAAGUAGAUGAAGCAAGUUGAAAUGUUGAAUUCUUGGUGAAAAUGCACAUUUGUUUGUAGUAUAGAAUAAAAUUUGUGGCUUUAUUUUACAUGAAAUAAUUUUCAUGUUUGUGUAAACGUGAUCUAAAAUUGUAAUUCUUUCUCCUAGAUAUUUAUACAAUUUACUGUGUAUAUUUACGUCAAAUUGUUACUAAGGAGUGUGAAUACAUUGAUUGUAUAAAUAAUGUAACAUCAUUAGUGUCUUCUCAGUGACAAUGUAGAGAUGUAGAAACGUCAUUAAUAAAACUAGUCUUAACUUCUUGAGAA